CGGACGACGUCCGCGCCUCGGCCAAGCUUGGAACUACACUUCCCAGUGUGCCAGGCGGGCGGGGCGCGGCGGGGAGGGCGCAGGCUCCUUCCCAGCAGCGAAGGCGGAAACAAAAGAGCCCGGCGUCGCCGCCCGCACACUCGCGCACCGCGCCUGGGCGCACACGGAGCAGCCCCGCGAGGCGGCAGCCCGGGACACGCGGACCCGCCGCAGCCCCCGCCGCCUGCCCCAUGGCGCUGAAGCGGAUCCAGAAAGAAUUAAGUGAUUUACAGCGUGACCCACCUGCUCAUUGCUCAGCGGGACCGGUAGGAGAUGACUUGUUCCACUGGCAAGCAACCAUCAUGGGGCCCCCUGACAGUGCAUAUCAAGGCGGAGUAUUCUUCCUCACUGUCCACUUCCCGACAGACUAUCCCUUCAAACCACCAAAGAUUGCUUUCACAACAAAAAUCUACCACCCAAAUAUAAACAGUAAUGGAAGUAUCUGUCUGGACAUUCUGCGGUCCCAGUGGUCACCAGCUUUGACUGUAUCGAAAGUGUUGUUGUCCAUAUGCUCGCUGCUCUGUGAUCCUAACCCAGACGAUCCUUUAGUACCAGAUAUUGCACAGAUCUAUAAAUCAGACAAAGAAAAAUACAACAGGCACGCAAGAGAAUGGACUCAGAAAUAUGCAAUGUAAUGUUUUAAACCACUUUCACUUAUGCCAGAGUACUGUAAAAUCUAUGUCUUUUUCAACAUUAGCAGUAAGUUGAGUGCCGUUUGCUGUCUCUUUUGUUCCAUGAACCCUUUGGUUUUUACUCAUUUUAAAUGUGUUUCUGAAGCAAGACAGAACAAACCUCCAAAGCUACCCUUGAAACUAUGCGGAGAGCAUUUAGCAUUUUGUGCUCCUUGAGGAGGACAUUCAUUUUGGUUUCUGAGACGCUUGGACACCCGCAUCUUCAAAGCAAAGUCUUCAACGUGAGUGAGAAGCAACCAGAUGAUUUUUUUACAUGAGAAACACUGUAUGUGUUGUCCAAGAUGUUGUCACUUUUAUAAAUCUGAAUUCAGAUUUCAUUCUUUGUUAGCUCACUUUAUAAUUUGUAUUUUUUUACUGUAUAGACUAAAUAUAUUCUAUGUCAGCUCAUGACUUUUUUUCCCCUGUGAACAGUAUUGAAGCCCCCAACAGCUGAUGAUGAAUUAACUGUGCCCCUUGUCUUAGGAUAUUAUGUGGGUUGAAUGCAUAUUUCUUGAACCAGAACUGAUCUUCACACUGUUUUUCUCAGUAUAUUGAUUAGAAUGGAGAAACACUUGUUUUGGUUUUAUUGUACUUGACUUAACUUUAUUGCAAUGUGAAUUAAUUGCACUGCUAAGUAGGAAGGUGUGUCACUUUUUUUGUUGUUGUUGCUCUUCACAUUUGAAUUUUUUUUCUGUAUAGGCAAUAUUAUAUUGACACCUUUUACAGAUCUGACUGUAGCUUUUUCCAUAUAAAUAAAAUGCUUUUUCUACUA